UGCCCGGUGCCCGGUGGUUUGUGAGACAGUACAGGGGCGGAGUACGGAGCUACGGACACACGGCAAAACAUCCUGCUCAGCUGCUGCUCCGAGCGAGAAAACCAACCGAGGAUACAGAGCAAAACGUCUCUCGCAACCAGGACCAGGACACUGUUUUAGGCUUCAAUAUGACGUUCUUCUUCAGAGGAGCAGUCACCAGUUCUCCGGUGAAGAACUGGAACAGCAAAGCAGAUGAUUCUGCCAGCAGUUUGGACGUGUCCCUGCUAUCGGACUCCGCCUACGAGUGCUACUCCACCAAUCCGCUAACGGGGUCAGUGUGCCAGUGUCGCCGUAGUCCUCGUCUCCUCGGGAACGGUUACUAUGUGUUGACGGAGGACAGCUUUUCAUUCGACGAUGAGGGCAAUGUCACACUGACACCCUCCAAGACUAAUGUGUCCUACAAGGAGAACUUAGUACGCAUAUUCCGGCGCCGGCGCAGGGCUCGCAGGUCAUUGGCCAGUCUGCUGAGUGAUGUCAGCCAAUCAUGUCAGUCCUGGCUGGGAGGGGCGGUCUUUGGCUGGACUGACACCACCCCUCAGGAACACGAACAGGAGAAGGAGCAGGAGUCUGUGUGCAGUGGCCACCUCUUCGCCCCGCCUUCUGCAUUUGAACACGCCCACACUUCCUCAUUUGAGCCUGCCCACUCCUCCUCUUUUGACCAACCGCAGCCUGCCGCCUCUGUGUUUCACCACACCCCUCUCGGCAGGGCUCGGGCUCGCACCCCCCUCCGAAUGCAGCACACACACACCCAGGACAGGGAGUUCCCCCAAGCCUUUACAUAUGAUGCGAGUGAGCAGGAGUGUCCAGCUGACAAGACCAAGCUCCCGCUGCAGGAGGAGCUUGGAGAAGAGGCGUGUCUUUCACAGGAGCUGUUUGGCCAAUUCGCUCUCUCGCCAGAGCACUGUAGCCAACCAUGUGGCGGCGGUCUGCUGGAAGUCCCGCCCCCGACUGCAUUUGUCCAUGAGAAAUGCUCUACGGCCAUGGACACGCCCACUGGUUCUAUCCUGAUGAAGGCCUUUCUUCUCCUCAUCCUCCUGUUGUGUGUGUCCACAGCAGUCUUCUCCAGCUGGCUGAUGGGAGCUGUUGUCAUGGCACUCUGUUUCCUGGUGAUGAUAUCAUCGAUACGCAGAGACGUCAGGUGGCGCCGUGCCAAAACAGAGGAUAUCACUUCCAGGAAUGAGUGAGCAGUGCCCGCCUCCCCCCCACCAGUCAAGAGGAACAUGUGUGUGUGUGCACGAGCAUUUGAAAACAUAAUCAAGACACGAUGUGUGUGACUGCGCGCAUGAAUGUGUGUGUCGGUACAGGAGGAUGUGUGUUCCUUAUGGGUCCAGCUCCUGUGUGUAUGCGCAUGUGUGUGUGUUUGUGUUCCUUGAGUGUAUAUCAAGACGCUCUGUGAACUCUGACACUUUUUUCCCUCUGUCAGGCGCUCAAAUUGAAAUGGAAAUUGAAUCUGUACGUCAAAAUUGUCGACUCUAGCUGUUUCGAAAGAAAAAAAAGGCACUCAAAGUUGCAAUCUGUUGAACGUUUGUCUACCGCAGGUUUACAAAAAGGAACAGAAUGCCGUAACUUAGCAACAGGAAUCGAACCUUGAUAUGUCCAGGUAGCGCUUAACCAAGGGCUUAAAUUGCGAAAUUCGAGUGAUGCAUCUUGCGCCUUCGGCUGUGGAAGAAAGUGUCUGGGUCAUAACGCCCCCUAACUGCCAUGUAUAGUAUCAGGUGUGUACGUUGUAUAACCGCGUGGGUGCCUGUGGUGUAAUGCAUUACGGUAAAGCAUUGCGCUAGAGUGCCGUAUAGUAUCUGCAUUAUGCUACUGUGUUACGCUGUACACCUGCCUGUGACAAAAUAGGUAUAUAACUGUGUUUGUGACGGGGCAGAGAGCCGUGUGGUCGUUAAGAGAGGAUGAGCGUUGUUGUUGUUGUUCUUCCCUUGUAUGUUCUCUCCAAGUUACCAAAAUAUUUAUUGAACCUUUUUACGCAGAUUAGCUACCUGGACUGCUAAUGCUAAUGCUAGGCUAACUCUUACGCUUUUGAGGAGUACCAUACUAAAAGCCUGAUGUGUACUUCUAUGUGAAAUGAUGCCAAUAGUCUACUACAAUAUUGUUUUGGCGGGUUGGUCUAAAGUAGUAAUGGCGUCGGCAAAGAACAAUGAAGACUAAAAGGUUUGUGAACUUAAUGGCACCAUUUUCGACACAGAAGCAUUACGUUUUUCAGGCAAAGUGCCUUGAUCUCCUAAACAAACACAGAAGUGAGUGUGGGUGUAUUAAUGCCUAAUGCAGGGCGGGGCUAAAAUCAGACCAAUAAGGACAAAACAGGGAACUAUAUUAAUAUUAAUAUGAACAAUAUUAAUACCGUAUUGAAUACUGAUACCGUAUUUCCUCAUAGAAGAACCAGGUCGGCUACAAUUUCAAGAAAAUACAAGAAAUAAAAUGGAAAUAAAAAAUAAAAUAAAAUAAUAUAAGAAACAGGUUUGGACCAGACUACAAUUUGAAGGAAAAAACAAAAGAAAACAAAAGAGAAGAAAAAUAAAGUAAAGAAAAGAAAAGAAGAAAAAUAAAAUACAGAAAACAAAAGAGAAGAAAAAUAAAGUAAAGAAAAGAAAAGAAGAAAAAUCAAGAUCAAAGACAAGAAAUGAAAAGAAAUCAAGCCUGUCGCAGUUUCACAGGUGGACUUUAAAUUCAAACAGUUUGGCUUUUAUUAAUCAUAAAAUAUAUUUACAAAUUAUAAACCAGGUGAAGGAAUUGAGGAAAUGCGGUAAACCACUAGUACUGUAAUCUUUAGAGUUGCUGUUGUUGUGUUAAUGACGCAACAACACAUCUCGAUAUUAAUAAUUAAUGAAUUCGCUAAAUAAGCCUUAUUAAAUGCUGACAAAGCCUUGUACAUGAGGCCCUAGGUGUAACCAUUUUAAUUGGUUCAAAGGGUCAUCAGGUAUUCCUCUGAUUGGUUCAGGGGUCAUCAGGUAUGGUUUUAAUGACUAGGCCUUAGCUGGCAGAAAGGGUAAAUAAGAUGUUGCGAUGUUGAUGUGAGACACAAACUGAAGAAUAAAUGCGUCCGUAUAAUUAAUAUGAAUAAUGAAUAAUUUUAGACGAAUAAUAUACAUGUAUGCAAAUGUGUGUGCAUUUGAAUUUAGAGGGAUAGUUCGGUGUAAAGUUAAAAUGUGAGUAUCAGAAAACAGCAUAAUCAUGAGUAUAGCUAAAGGUGGAGCUCGAAAUUGCAGGAAUGAUUGGCAGACACAUGUAACUGAGGUCAUCUGCGUUAGUUUGCUACUCGGGGCUCGAACCCCUGACUC